AAACAAUUCCUACCAAAAUGCUGCAAUAUUGCAGUAUAAGUUAUGUCAAGACAGCAAGCUAUGUUAAACCUAUUCUUUACGGAGACGAAGUUUCUCCUCCAGUUAGGUUUGUAAUGAUGACAGCGUCAAUUUUAAAUAUCGAUAUCGAGUUUCAUAAAAUCGAUUUAUUCAAAAAUGAAAAUCGUACUGAUUUUUAUCGAGAGAUAAAUCCUCUGCAGAAGGUACCAGCAAUGCAAGUAGGCGAUUUAAAAAUAGUUGACAGCCAUGCUAUUGCUCUGUAUUUGUGUCAAAUCGCCGAUGAUAAAGACCUAUAUCCUCAAGAUCCUGCACUUAGAGCAAAAGUUAAUCAAAUGUUGUUUUUCAAUUCCAGUACUUUAUUUCGUAUUGAUAGUUAUAUAAUGUCAAAAUAUUUUGCAAGACAGCCUGUAAAUGAGACAACGGUCGAGGAGUGGUAUACUGCCUUGGAUUAUUUAGAAUACAACUUAAAAGAUAAUUGGCUGGCAGGCAAUAAGAUGCUUUUAUGUGAUAUAUGUGCGGUAGCUGUUGUGACGUCUAUGUUUCCAUUGUUUCCUUUAAUAAAACGACACAAAAGAGUAAAACAGUGGAUCGAGAACUUUCAAUGUUUACCAUUUUAUGAUAUCAACAGACGAGGCUUAGUAAACUUACGCAUGUGUAUUGACGCGAUCAAUAAUGAACGUUCAUAA